AGAAGACUCCGCAAAGAGAGAGAGAGAGAGGACUGUGAGUCAGUGCACAGAAGACGCGAGAACAAUUCGUUCAUUUAAAGAUUCAUUAAAAACGAUUCAUCCGCGAAGCAAACGCAGCUCUAGAGCCGUGCGUAAACCGCAUCUGUCUGGCGCUGGCACGACCAUAAUCUGAGAAACACGCCUGUGAGGAGACCGGCCCUGGUUUACGCCGAUAACCAAACCACAACAUGCGAAUGAUCCAUAAUUCACGCGCCUCAAGGUCUAAAGGCUCGAUGGGCGCAAGGAUGCCGCCGCGCGUUGUCAAUAAUCAAUGAAGCGUUUGAAUGAUCUCCUCUCCUCGUCUCCUCCCCUCGGACGCGCUGCGCAUCAUCCAGCGCUCGCGCUCCCUCACUCCAGCGCUCGCGCUUCCCAAGAGCGCGUCUUAUCCGAGCUCAGCGGACGCGUCGUCAACGCCGGCGUCUCGGUCGUUCGCCCCUAGGCAGAGCGAGGCAAACGCGGGCGAGAGGAGGAGAGGAACGCGCGCGCUUCGCGCAGACGGGAACGCGAGACAAGGUCGACGCGGGCGCGUGUGUUUUUUGCGCUCUCUCCGCGCGUUGGAUCGCAGGGGUCUCAAAUCUGGAGGCGAGGACCCGGGGAUGAGCCUGCUGUCGGGGGGCUUCGGCAUGGCGGGCUGGGGCUUCGGUCGGGCUCUGCUGCUGCUGCUGCUGCUCGCGCUCUGGAGGCCCGGCGCCGCUUGUCCGGAGCUCUGCACGUGCACCGGCGCGCGGAUCUCGUGCGUGGACGCGGAGCGCAGCAUCGUGGCUUUUCCCAUGCUGCAGUCCGAGGCAGAGAUGGAGAACAUCACAGACAUAUACAUCGCAAAUCAAAUCAGCUUCAAAUCCAUUAAUGAAAAAGACCUCGACUCGUAUCACAACCUCAGAAACCUAACUGUAACGAACACCAGGCUGGCAUACGUUUCCAGGCAGGCCUUUCAGAGCAACCCGAAACUGCAGUAUCUGAACCUCAAAGAGAAUAUUCUGUCCAAUCUAUCUUGGAGGACGUUUCGUCAUCUGAACAUCUCGUACCUGUUGCUGGCAGGCAAUCCUUUGCAGUGCAUAUGUGAAAACGUGUGGCUGAAGCAGUGGAGAGGAGAGGAGGCCGAGGACCUGCUGUGUGUGGAGGAGGGAGGAAAGAGGACGGCGCUGUCUACGCUCACGCUGCCCAACUGUGUCCUCCCCACCGUGACUCUGAAGCCCACUAAAGUGACCAUGAAGAAGGGGUCAAAUGUGACGCUGGCGUGCAACACCUCAGGAACCCCCACACCGACUCUCAACUGGACCACCUGCAAAUUAAAUUCAGCAAACGAGCACGAGCGCUCAGGUCAGAUGUCAGAGCUCAGGCUCGUGAACGUGUCUUCUCUGGACAACGGAUGCAAAAUCACCUGCGGGUCUGAGAACAUGGUGGGAGAGGCUGAGGCCUCGGUGGACCUGGACAUAUUGUUUCCACCUGCAAUCAGCAAGCUGAUGGAUGCGAUCUCAGACCACCACUGGUGCAUCCCCUUCAGCGUGUCUGGCAACCCAGAGCCUAAACUGAGCUGGUUAUUAAAUGGUAAACCCGUGGAGGAGGGUCCCUUCAUCCGCACCAUGAUCCACGAUUACUCAGAGGGCGAGUACCACGGGUGCUUACACCUGGACAGUCCCACACACAUCAACAAUGGAAAAUACACGCUGCUGGCCAAGAAUUUAUACGGAGAGGACCACAAGGCAGUAUUUGCGCAUUUCAUGCACGAGCCUUGGAACGAAUCGGUUACUGAUCCACUGUAUUAUGAUCCCACUACAGACGACACUCCUCUUGGACCGCCCGAGGACAAAGUCGCUGUGUACGUGGUCGUGGGAAUCGCGGCGGUCACAUUCACAGGCUUCAUCUUGAUGCUCGUCAUUCUGAAGUUUGGACGCAACUCAAAGUUUGGAAUCAAAGGUCCCUCCUCAGUCAUCAGUAAUGACGAUGACUCUGCCAGUCCUCUUCAUCAUGUGUCCAACGGCUCUAACACCCCCUCUUCCUCUGACAUGAACGCGGACGCCGUCGUCAUUGGCAUGACCAAGAUUCCUGUCAUAGAGAACCCGCAGUACUUCCGCAGCACCAGCAGUCUGCUCAAAUCUGAUACAUUUGUUCAACACAUUAAGAGGCACAACAUUGUACUGAAAAGGGAACUUGGAGAAGGAGCGUUUGGUAAAGUGUUUCUUGCUGAAUGCUACAACCUGUCCACAGACCAGGAGAAGAUCUUAGUGGCUGUCAAGACUUUGAAAGAGGCCAGUGAGAAUGCCAGGAAGGACUUUCAUCGUGAGGCCGAGUUGUUGACCAAUCUGCAGCAUGAACACAUCGUCACGUUCUACGGCGUGUGUGUGGAGAGCGACCCCCUUAUUAUGGUGUUUGAGUACAUGAAACACGGCGACCUCAACAAGUUCCUUAGGGCUCAUGGUCCUGAUGCAGUCUUGAUGGCUGAUGGACAGGUGCAGCAGCAGGCAGAGCUCACUCAGUCUCAGAUGCUGCAUAUUGCGCAGCAGAUCGCCGCGGGCAUGGUGUAUCUGGCUUCCCAGCACUUUGUUCACAGAGACCUGGCCACACGAAACUGCCUAGUCGGGGAGAAUCUCCUGGUAAAGAUCGGAGACUUUGGAAUGUCCCGAGAUGUCUACAGUACGGAUUACUAUCGGGUUGGAGGUCAUACCAUGUUGCCAAUUCGCUGGAUGCCACCAGAAAGUAUCAUGUACAGGAAGUUCACCACGGAAAGUGAUGUCUGGAGUUUGGGAGUGGUGCUGUGGGAGAUCUUUACCUACGGGAAACAGCCCUGGUAUCAGCUGUCAAAUAAUGAGGUGAUUGAGUGCAUCACCCAAGGUCGCGUCCUGCAGCGACCCCGGACCUGUCCAAAGGAGGUGUAUGACUUGAUGCUGGGAUGCUGGCAGAGAGAACCACACUCCCGACUCAACAUUAAAGAGAUCCAUAACCUGCUCCUCAACUUGGCCAAGGCAUCACCAGUGUAUCUGGACAUCUUGGGAUAAGAGAGCUUGUAUGUGGGACUGCCCCCUCCUCUAUCCCACCCAAAAUCUCUUUCUUCUACAGCUUUAACAUCUCCUUCCUCGUCAACCCCACCUCUUCUCAAUAUAAAAUGGAAAUGGGAUCUUGUCCUUGUACAAUGACUACAAAUGAUGUAUUUCUGAACAAAAAAUGGAUCGAAUGGAAAGAGCCACAUCGAAGUGACUAUAGUUUUAGCUACCAAGAACCACAUUUUUCACCCAUCCUCAACAUCUGGAGCAAGUUCACACCUGUAAAUUCCAGUUUGGGAAUAAUGCAUUGAGGACUUGAGGAAGGGCAUCCCUCUUGACAACAGCAGCUCCAUAAACAAUGACCAUUUACAAAUGCAACUCUUGCCCAUCAGAUGAUUCGGUCCUGUCGAAUCCCACCCGUUUCAUCCUAAAUUCGAUACAAAGCACAGAACCUGAAAUUAGCAUGGUGAUCAACAGUGAGAACUGCGACAAUAUCUAUACGUAUUCAUGUGUGUUUAUAGAACUGGAAGUUACCAACGUAGUUUCACAGUUGAGUGACUCUAAUUAAAGCUUCUGGACGCUGACAGGAAGUUGUUGCUGCGGAACUUACCUGAAAUGGAGAAGUAAAAUGUGUCUGGAUCACAGGCAUUAUUUAUAGUGGGACAUGUCCCAACCACUUCUCCGUGGCCAUUUUUUUCCUUCCAUGUUUUUCCCACCACUUUAUGAAAUGGCUUGCAGUGGACUUCAAUUGUCAAGCAAGGGUUUUCCAUCUGGUAGCGAUCUGGUGAUUGAAUAGGUUAUGAAGUAUGAUUUUUGGACAUUUCUACACAUCAUGUCACAUUUGACUUUUGACCUGAGCAGAUACUCUCCUGCUGACCCGAUAUUUAUAAGAUCACGUCCAAUUAUUUGUGCAUAACCUUAGUAAUAUUCAUAAGCUAAGCCUUCACCAUUUUGUGACGUCACAACCAGCUCCUGUGUCCACCGCAAAACACCCAUAGUUCACUAUUGAGGGCUAGAUGGAAACAUUUGAGACGUUGCCGUGCCUCAGUACCGUCCGCUUGCAUUUCUUACAGGAGCUUAAUUACGCAGAGUGCCCGAUUAUGAUGGUGCGGGCUGAAUUACGACCUUUCUUUUUCUCUUUCUCGUUCGCGAUGUUUUACUACUGAGUGGACGCACUAAUGUAGUACUCAAGCUUCGGGUUGUACAACUGCUAUAGUGUAAUAUAUAUUUCAUUACAGGACAAAUGUCUCCUAUUAGCAGCAACUCCCUGUAGACUCAUAUGCGCUAUAAGUGGGGAAAAGAGGAGAGACGGGAGGGGACAGGAUGGAUAGAAUGAGACGAGGGGUGGAAAAUAAUGUUAAAUAGAGAUAAACAUGAGUCACCUCACUAAAACCCACAUUUCGUCUUCCUUUUAUCGUACAUAAAUGAUUAUAUCUAUUUAUCACUAUAGAGAUCCUAUCCCAGCAUCCUUUUCGUUUGCGUUCAUUAUUGCACCGUCAGUCCCUUCUUCCAUCGGAGACUUUGCACAGUACACUCAAUACCGUAUCUUCAGUUAUGAGUCCCAAAAAUCAUUUAAGUUUGGAGGUAAUUUAUUUACUUAUUUUUCGGAAUAAGAAAUGUAAUUUUUAAUAUAUGUAACUGUAAUAUUUUAUUUAUUUUUUACUUAAUGUGAAGCAUUUUUGUUUUUGCCUGUAAAUGGUUUUAUUUAAAAAAAAUAUUCUUAGUAUUAUAUUUUUUUCAUACUUGGUUGGGAGUGCAUAUAGAGGUGGUUUCUGGGUUGAUGGAUUGGGAUGUGUUAAUGAAAAAAAAAAAGAUUACAUAUUCUGGGUAAACGACGAGAAAACUCCAGGUUAGAUGUUCAGGUUACAUUCACAAAAGAAGCCUACAAAAAAGAAGUCUAAUUCUGAAUUAUGGCAGUUUUUCAUGAUCAUUAUGAACAUUUUCCCCACACACCUUUAGCAAUGUAUUUUCAUUAUUCUCAAUGGUAAUUCUCAUUACUGUAAUACAGUCAUUUUUACUGUAGAACAACGUUUCUAUUUAAAUUUGCAUAAUUGCACAUUAUUUUAUCAUAUGAAUGUCAUUAUUUUUUUUUUAUUACAGUGAUAGCUAUAUAUAUAUAUAUAUAUAUAUAUAUAUAUAUAUAUAUAUAUAUAUAUAUAUAUAUAUAUAUAUAUAGCAAUGGGGUAAAAUGUGCUUAAUUGUCAUGAAUUAAUUUGUUUUUCAGUGUUUUCAACAGUGUUUUAGAUACAAAUAUGAGUUUCAAUGUUUCAGAUUAGUCUUGCCUUACACAAACAUCUCCGGUUGUCCUGCGACAGAACAAUAAACUGUGAUAUCAAACACCUUCCUCUACAUGUACAGAACUUCUUCUGAUGUUUCAGAAUGUCUAUAAGCUAAACUACCUUAAACAAGUAUUAAAGUCAGCGUGAAAGUAAAACCGACCCUCUUUACUUUCUUAGACUUUCCUGUUUUAUGCACAUUAUUACACGCGUACAAGUCAUUGUGGAACUUGCCUCUUCUGCUGGCAUCGCCGGUCACCAACUGACAUCGGUAAAAUGGCUUUUCAUGUUGACUUUAAGCCUAGUGACAACAGAAAGAAGAUUUCUGCACAGUACCAAGUAGUGUGAUCAUUUCAUUUAUGGAAUUGUGUUAUGCGUUCAGCUACAAAAGUACAAUCAGAUGUCCUCGUCUGUAUGAGAUAUAUGGACCAGUCAAGUUGUCCGCCAUUGUAUUUAAUAAAAGUGUAAUGUCUUACCUCAUAAUGAG